AUGGAUGCGACAGCACAGGAAACAGAUAAUUGCAAGGUCGGUGUAAAACUUGAUGGAAGAAAAGGCUUAUGGUGUAGUGUUACCCUGAAUAUUAGCAAAGCAAAAGACAACAAAGGGAGAAUGAGUACAUCCAAAUUCAAGAAAAUUUGUGUUUUUUGUGGUAGUAGCCUAGGGAAGAAAAAGAGUUACCAGGAUGCUACCAUUGAUCUUGGGAAAGAACUGGUAAUGAAAAACAUUGAUUUUGUAUAUGGAGGAGGCAAUAUUGGAUUAAUGGGCUUGAUAUCUCAAACUCUCUUUGAUGGUGGAAGGCAUGUUCUUGGAGUGAUUCCCAAUGCUCUAAUGAAUAAAGAGAUCACUGGUGUCACAAUUGGAGAAGUAAAACCAGUUGAAAAUAUGCACCAAAGGAUAGUAGAGAUGAAUCUACAUGCUGAUGCCUUUAUUGCUAUGUCUGAAGGUUAUGGCACUCUUGAGGAACUUUUUGAAGUAAUUACUUGGGCACAAUUAGACAUACAUAGCAAGCCGGUUGGAUUGCUAAACAUCAAUGGCUACUAUAACUCAUUGCUUUCUUUCAUUGACCAAGCUAUAGAGGAAGGUUUCAUCAAACCAAGUGCACAUUAUAUCGUUGUCUCCGCUUCAAAUGCAAAAGAGCUAAUUGAGAAACUCGAAGACUACUACCCAUGUCAUGAAGAAGUUGUGUUAAAACUAAAUUGGAACUCUAUGCAGCUCGGACACUCCCAAAACAAUGUAAUUUCUACUUAA